UUUUAAGUAUGUAUAAUGUAACUGACCUGACCUAACAAAACGGGACAAAGGUAGAUUAGGUCAGGUCAGCUACAUUAUAAAUACUUUGAAACUGAACUGAAAUUAAAAGUAAUAAAAUUAAUUUUAAUGGUUGUUUAGUUUUAAAGUAUUUAUAAUGUAGUUGACCUGACCUAACAAACCGGGACAAAGGAUGAACAUGGCGAGGCGUGAGGUUUAUAUGAGGGGAAGCAACAACUCCGUUCACAUCAAAACUAGAGGGGGGGGGGAUGGUCCGGCGGCCCUCCCCCGGGAAAAUAUGGAUUUCAAGCAUUUGUGGAACGCUGCAUUCAGUAGAUCAGUAUCUGAACAUUAAGUUGACUGAUAUCAGUGUGACAGAUCCAGACAAGUACCCGCACAUGCUGUCGGUGAAGAAUUGCUUCAUCCGAGGCUCCGUAGUGCGGUACGUCCAGCUGCCUGCCGAUGAGGUCGACACUCAGCUCCUGCAAGACGCCGCGAGGAAAGAGGCAGCGGCUCAGGCGCGAUAGCUCCAACAAGUCACUAGCUUUAAGAUGUUUGUUUCUGCUGCCAUCAGAACUGACUGUGCGUACAGUUUCAUGUUGAACAUUUUGUUAGUUUCCACACACUGAUGGGAAAACUAGUGUUCAUUAUCUUUUGAUUAAUAGUGAAGCGUGAUUUUUAUUUUUGAAGUAUGUAAAGUAUUUUGAAAACCUGAUUGUGUAAAAUAUAUUUUUUACUAAAUGAA